AUGGGCCAGAAAAUCUCAGGGAGCAUAAAGUCUGUGGAUGUGAGGGAGCCCCCUUAUAGACCUGUUAAACGAGAGCUGAGGGGACCAGAUUUUUGCAAGCCUGCUCGACUGGACAUGCUGCUGGAUAUGCCCCCUUCCCAACUGGAGGUCCAGUAUAAACAUGCUUGGAACAAUGAAGAUCGAUCUUUAAAUAUAUUUGUAAAGGAAGAUGACAAACUAACUUUUCAUAGGCACCCAGUUGCCCAAAGCACAGAUUGCAUCCGGGGCAAAGUUGGCUACACAAGAGGCCUACAUGUCUGGCAAAUUCACUGGCCCACUAGGCAACGAGGAACACAUGCUGUGGUGGGUGUAUCAACAGCAGAAGCUCCAUUACAUUCUGUAGGAUAUACAUCAUUGGUUGGUAGCAAUAGUGAAUCAUGGGGCUGGGAUCUGGGACGUAACAAACUUUAUCACAAUUGUAAAAACCAGCCUGGGGUGACGUAUCCUGUUUUUUUGGAACCAGAUGAGUCUUUUGUACUCCCAGACUCCUUAUUGGUAGUUUUGGAUAUGGAUGAAGGAACGCUUAGCUUCAUUGUAGAUGGACAGUAUCUUGGAGUGGCCUUCCGAGGACUGAAAGGGAAAAAACUUUACCCUGUAGUCAGUGCAGUUUGGGGGCACUGUGAAAUUACAAUGAGAUACAUCAAUGGACUUGAUCCGGAACCCCUGCCUUUAAUGGAUUUGUGCCGAAGAUCAAUUCGCUUUGCUCUUGGCAGAGAUCGCCUGCAUGACAUAGAAUCUCUACCUUUGCCCCAGUCUCUGAAAAAUUAUUUACAGUAUCAAUAA